AUGACAAUUGCCUCUAGUAGAGAGGCAGUCAGCGUGCAGCCCGAGGAUAAUAAAGAAACUUCACUACAGCUGUUCAGACAGAGUUUGCUUUCGUUAGACAAGUUUCACUAUCUCCAUGUACCUAAACUUGAAGAGAUUAUUACCUACGACGACUUUGAAUGUGUGUUUAAAUGCCUUUACCAUCCUCUGUGUGUUUCCGUAAACCUGGCUGCUGAAGGUGAACUGUGGUGCGAGUUACUGUCAUCUUAUAAAUACAACAAUCCUAACGAGUACAAGGAACACAAUAAUUCGCAUCAUAUUCACUUUAAGAGUGCUUGUGUGAAAAAUCCGUGCAAGAACAACUCCGCUUGUCAAAGCGAUGUUACCAAGAAACGUUACCACUACCUGUGUUCUAAUGGGUUCAGGGGCCAGACUUGUGAAGAAGACAUCGAUGAGUGUGCUGAGGGAUCACACAACUGCAGCGUAAAUGCUGUGUGUAACAAUACCAAGGGAUCCUACAAAUGCAACUGUAAACCUGGAUACCAUGGAGAUGGAUUGACGUGCGAAGGUCCUUUCCUUCAUUCGUGUAAAGAAAUUUACAAAAGUAAAAGGUCAAAGGAGAAUAGAGCUUAUCAACUUCUAGUGGAUCAUGGGAAGGUCAACGUUUACUGUCACAUAACAGAUGACCUUGAGGGCUGCGGGGGCGGUGGAUGGACGAUGGUAAUGAAAAUGGACGGCAACAAGUCAACCUUCCACUUCGAUUCGCAACUCUGGAGUAACAUGAGUGACUUCAAUCCUCAAGGAGGGGAGACUGGGCUUGACUUUCAAGAGACCAAGCUACCCACCUACUGGAACACAUCCUUCUCCAAGAUCUGUCUAGGGAUGAAGAUCGGUAAUCUGUCCAGGUUCAUUCUCGUCAAAAAGCAAGCCAGCUCUUUGUACUCACUGAUCGCUGACGGACAAUAUCGUGACACGUCACUGGGUCGUAACACGUGGAAGUUGUUGAUUGACUCCGAGGCAUCCUUGCAAUUAAAAUGUAACAAGGAAGGGUUCAAUCCCACUUCGACGGAGAAAGAAAAUUCAAAAGCUAGAAUCGGUAUCAUUGCCAACGACAAUAAAGGUUGCAGAACUUGUGAUUCCAGAAUUGGCUUUGGCACAGGUGGGUAUGGAGACGACUCCAACACGUGUGGGAACGAAGCAAAGCACAAUUCAGAUAAUGGAGACAAACACAUCAAAGCCAUGGGGUACAUCUUGGUUCAGUGACAAGGAAAUCGUUCUAAUCUUCAAUAAAUGAACAAGAAGCCAGCCCUAAAGGACUUGUAUAUAAGUAGAUGUAGCAAAAGAGGGCUGUUAAAGAAAUUAAAGACCGAGUCUGAACUUAUCUAGUUUCGUCCUGGUAGGAUUUCCACCCAUUUCUCCCCCAAAAAGUGCAAUUUUAGGCAGCUAAAAGCGCUUCGUUGUUAGUCCUGCAAGGAGGGGGGAUAAGAGGAUAAAAGAGGGGGUGGGAGAACAAAAGCCCUUCUGGUAAUUUAAUAGAUAGUCGUUUAUACCUACUGUAAUACACUCAGAUAUAUCAGACCAAUGGAAUACGUAUAAGUGGUGAACAGUCCAUUAUUUCGUGUGAAAAGGGGAAAAACUAAUAGAAUGUCUUGCUUCGUUGGUCCUUCAAGAAUUUUUGCUUAUAUACUCUUUCCUUUCUUUAGAAAUUUGUAAAAGUUGCCGAAGAAGCUUCUCCUUCUUUGCCUGGUUUACUCAUAACACAUCCUUGUCAGAUAAUCUUUCUCAAAGGCAGUCAGUUUAAAAUGAGUAAACGACUUUAACUUUUGUCUCCUUAUAUUCAAGUACUUAAUGUUUUUCCCUCUUUGACUCGUUUGUUCUGUUUUGUCCAAGGAACCUUUUAAGAGAUUCCUUGGACGGAGAACAGAACAAAACUUUUCAACAACACGUAGUGAACAGCUAUUGAUCUCAGCAGUACUUUAAGCACAGUAGUCCAGUUUCAGCUUGAAAACCUUUCCUAUUUCACAAUUUAACAAUACUUAGUUGUAUUAAUGUAAGCAUUCUUAGAUAUAGUUAUUAUACAAAAGAUGACGCCCUGAUAAGUAAGAACGAUCCUUAUAUAUAAUUGUAAAACCUUUUCGUAGCAGGUCGCUAUAACACUUAGUUAAUAUAUUUUUUCUUUUUGUCUAAGUAUUCAUCUGUUUCAAGGCUGAAAGUUUCUAAAGUAGC